AGGAGAGAGAGCACACUCCAGAACAGAUGGAGCAACAGGAUCAAGACAUUAAGCUCAUUUUGACACUGGAUGACUUCAUCCCCCCACAUUUGCAGAAGAAACCUAGUCCGAAACCAGAGCAGAUUCCUUCGGAAGAUUCGUCAUGGCCAGAGAGCCACCCAUAUUCUUCAGAGAGCCUGCACUAUUACAACAGAACCACUAAUUCACCCCCAACAGAGGAUAAAUGGGAAACCUCAAGACAACAGAAAUUCUGGAUACGCUAUGAUGGCAUUGGUCCGACAGAUGAAGAAGGGAUGCCGUAUGCCUCCAGAACUAGUGUGGACAAACCUCGAGACUGGUACAAGAGCAUGUUCAAAGUCCUGCACCGACGAACAGAUUCAGAGGACAGCGACUCAGAAGAUGAAGAACUGGGAAACCCUGGGCUCCAAACUAAAAGUCCCAACUCACUAAGUAAUGCUGAUAGGUUGCAAAACAAUCAAAAGUUGGAACAUUAUAAGCUGAAAGACCCGCCAGUUACUAUUAGCCCUACCUUCAAGGAACCACAGAAAAAAAUAAACUCCAACCCUGCCGAGCAUGAAAGUACCCUAAACUCCACCCUCGCCAAAUCCAAAAGAACAUUAAGCCACAUUCCUAAAACAGAAGAUUCAUCUAAAACUAAUAUUUCAAGCAAGCUGCACUACUAUUCAAACACCUCAUCUCCAUUAAAUCAAUCAACAGGAGUUCAGCUAAACACAAACCUCACGUCAAAAGGACCAAACUCAACUUCACAAUUAUUCCAUAAUGUUUCCCAGAGAUCAUCAAGUCCAACUACUAAAGAGAGAUCACCUGCAGAAAAGAAUGGUCCCACUGAACCACGACACAAAGUGGAAAAAGCAAGGUUGGUUUGGACUUCAUUAGAGCACAAUUCACAAGAUCCUUACCUAGGCUCUUCAAAUGAUAAACCUGAACUAGCCACUAAGAAGUCAGGUUCUUUGCAAAACCUUUCCACAAGAAAUCAACGUUUAUCAUCUGGAAGCACCUCUAAAGAGACAUCCUCUUUAAGCCUUUCUCCCAAAGAGGCACGUCAUUACCGAAGAUCGACCUCUAAGGUUUUGGAUCAGCUGGAGGCAGAGCUGCGAGAAUUCACAGAGGAGCUUGAGAGGGACCAGAAGGUUCAUAUGGACACACCGGGCAAUCUGCUGAACCAAAAUACAGAGGUCACAAUACAGAGGUUUUCUUCGAUUCCAGUAUCUCCAGGAGGAUCAAACACUCAGAGGGACCAUUCUAACAUUCUACACACACAAAAUGACGCUGACUUAAAAGAGAUUGCAAAAGCUGUGGUAAAGUUUAAUUUUGUGGCUCAAUCAUCAAAAGAGCUUUCACUGCAGCGAGGGAGCACUGUCAGUAUCCUGAAAAGAAUGGACAAGAACUGGCUUCUGGGAGCGCUGAAUGGUCAAAGGGGCCGGUUUCCUGUAAAAUACGUUGAGUUUCUACCCCCAGGUCAUUCGGCACCUAAACCCACCUGCCAACUAUCAGCAGUCUCUCUGUAUGAUUUCAAAGCAGAUUCUGAGGCAGAAUUGUCUCUCCGUAAGGGUCAGCGUGUCAUUAUUACUCGAAGGGUUGGUGGCAAUUGGUUUGAGGGUCAUGUUGAAGGUUCUGGACGUCUUGGACUUUUUCCUGCAAAUUAUGUUCAGGUCACCAGGGAACCUGUACAGCAACAGAAGGGUAUCCGAAAAACAAGUGGAAUACCAAAAUUAAACUCAGUAGAGAAGGUUCCACACAAAGGAAGUACUUCAACCAGAAAGAUGCCAGGACCCACCAAAAUACAUGAUGUGCCUGGGACCCUGUACCGUGUGGUGUUUGAUUUCUCUCCCAAUAACUCUGAUGAGCUGCACUUGAUAGCAGGAGACAUAGUGACAGUGACCCAGCACUGCGACGAUGGGUGGUAUGUAGGUGUCUGCUGGAGGACUGAAGAAUUUGGAACCUUUCCUGGGAAUUUUGUGGUCCCUCAUCCUGUGACAUAAGAACCCACUAUCCUAAAUCCAGUCACAUUGGCCAUUUAAUGGAAGGUCAAAUAUGGACCUUUUAUAGAUUAUAUUUUUCCAGUGGGAGGCAACAAUUUACAGUUAAAACUCAGUACUGUUCUAUGCAUGAAAACAAAAAAGUAAAAUGUCAUCAACCUUAACAGACAUUACAAUAUUUAAAAUUACAGUCUUCCCUCCAUGCUCUCCAAAAAUAUGUUCCUCUUUGUGCUUUUUUCAUAAUGCAGUCCCUGGGCACUUUAUAUACUGAGCAGUUUUAAGCAGCUGACUGCAGUAUAGAUAAAACAGGAAAGGAAAAUGGCAUACAAACACAGAGUGAUAAUCCUGCAAAACACUCAUGCCCUGGAUUUGAGACUGCAUAUCAGAUUCCCAAUAUCCCAUGCAUAUUUGCAAAGUUAUACCAAGGUUUAUGUAUGAAUGUGACAAAGCACUUUUUCAGUAUGUAAGUAAUUUAACUUUCAUUUUCUUUAAAGUAAUACUAAAGCAUUAGGAAUACAAACCUUUAUUUCUAAUGCUUUGAUGUCCAUGUCCCUAGUUAUACAUGUCCCCUCCCCCUUUUCUUAUAAUAAUUAAUAAAAUAAAGUGUUUUACUUAUCUCGGUGGCUCCCUUACUGCUCCUCACAUCUCCUCCUCCAGGAUGGUCUGAUCCAAUGCACCUUAAACAACGUACACACAUCCAAGCUUCCCCACAGGAAAGCAUGUAAUCAAAGCUUUUCUAUGGGGACUUCCAUGUCACAUGACCGGAUUUUAUUGGUCAAUGCCGCGAAAGCGUCUUGAGGCUGUCACUACAGGUGGACUUCACUAAAAAACGACAAUGAUUUACAUUGCAGGGAUAAAAUGACAGGUUCCCUGCACUUAGGCCACUUCAUAGAGAUGAAAUGACCUUAGUGGUCCUUUAAAUGAGACCAGGAGAGGCCUAUAUCCUUCUACACAGAACCCAUUCUGUCACAAUGAUUCUACACCAGGUUACUUCUCCCUUCACUUGCUACAUAUUUCUUUUUUUCUUCUGUUUGAUAUCUAUGU